AGAAGCGCUCUAUAAAAGAAGUUCCCAUUCUUACUUUUAAGUACAGAGAAACGGAGUUCUCUUAUAGCAAGAGAAAAAGCUUUGUAUAAAUAUAACCUCACCUGCAAACUUCUUCGAUCUCCCUGCAAGACGGCUCAAUUGGCUCAUAACGGAAGAUUGUGCACAAGCCACUAAAAAAAACAUAUAAAAAUGGUUCUGAUGAUACUACCCAUUAUCGGCUCAGUCUCUGUGUCUGAGGGGCUGGUGGCCAUAGUAACACUAUGCCUGGUGUACAUGCUCAUGAAGUACAAGCACACAGAGAUCCCAGAGGGACUAAAACGGCUCCCAGGACCAAAGCCCCUGCCCAUCAUCGGGAAUGUGCUGGAGGUGCACAAUAACCCUCACCUCAGCCUGACUGCCAUGAGCAAGCGCUACGGCUCAGUCUUCCAGAUCCAAAUAGGGAUGCGGCCUGUGGUUGUUCUGAGUGGCAAUGAGACAGUCCGCCAGGCUCUUAUCAAGCAAGGGGAAGACUUCGCCGGGAGGCCGGAUCUAUACAGCUUCAAAUUCAUCAACGACGGCAAGAGCUUGGCCUUUAGCACCGAUAAGGCUGGGGUGUGGCGCGCCCGCCGCAAGCUAGCUAUGAGCGCCCUCCGCUCUUUCGCCACCCUGGAGGGAUCGACCCCAGAGUACUCCUGUGCCCUGGAGGAGCACGUCUGCAAGGAGGGAGAGUACUUGGUAAAACAGCUGACCUCCGUCAUGGAUGUCAGUGGCAGCUUUGACCCCUUCCGCCAUAUUGUUGUAUCGGUGGCCAACGUCAUCUGUGGAAUGUGCUUCGGCCGGCGCUACAGCCAUGAUGACCAGGAGCUGUUGGGCUUGGUGAACAUGAGUGAUGAGUUUGGGCAGGUGGUGGGCAGCGGCAACCCUGCAGACUUCAUUCCCAUCCUUCGUUACCUGCCCAACCGCACCAUGAAGAGGUUUAUGGAUAUCAAUGACCGUUUCAACACCUUUGUGCAGAAGAUUGUCAGUGAGCACUAUGACAGCUAUGACAAGGACAACAUCCGUGACAUCACUGACUCCCUCAUUGACCACUGUGAGGACAGGAAACUAGAUGAGAACGCCAACAUCCAGGUUUCUGAUGAGAAGAUUGUGGGCAUUGUCAAUGAUCUGUUUGGGGCAGGUUUUGACACCAUCAGCACAGCUCUGUCAUGGGCUGUUGUGUACCUUGUGGCUUAUCCAGAGAUCCAGGAAAGACUGCAUCAGGAACUGAAGGAAAAGGUGGGAAUGAUUCGCACUCCCCGUCUCUCAGACAAAAUCAACUUACCUCUGCUGGAAGCCUUCAUCCUGGAGAUCUUCCGGCACUCUUCCUUCCUGCCGUUCACCAUCCCACACUGCACGAUCAAGGAUACAUCCCUCAAUGGCUACUUCAUUCCCAAGGACACCUGUGUCUUCAUCAACCAGUGGCAGGUCAACCAUGACCCGGAGCUGUGGAAGGAGCCUUCUUCAUUCAACCCUGACCGUUUCCUGAGUGCUGAUGGCACAGAACUCAACAAAUUGGAGGGGGAGAAGGUGCUCAUAUUUGGCAUGGGCAAGCGUCGCUGCAUCGGUGAGGCCAUCGGACGCAACGAGGUCUACCUCUUCCUGGCCAUCCUGCUCCAAAGGCUGCGCUUCCAGGAGAAACCUGGGCACCCGCUGGACAUGACCCCAGAGUACGGCCUCACCAUGAAGCACAAGCGCUGUCAGCUGAAGGCUAGCCUGCGGCCAUGGGGGCAGGAGGAGUGAGGGCCAUGGUCACAUUUAUGAUUCUCAACAUCACUAUAACUGAUUUAUAGUUAGCCCUACAUACUUGAUGGCAUGAGAUGAGUUCAGAUUUAAAUGUCAGAGGGUACAUUUUCUCUCUAGGAACGACUGGGCUUGACAUCUCUCUUGAUUCAUUGGAGAAUUAACAGUGAGGGAAAACUGAGUCAAAUUGUAGACAAUUUGAAAUCGAUAAAAUUAUAAUCUGAAAUGGUAUGUAGGGGGAUUCCAAACAAGUGUUGUAUUGGAUAAAGGACCUUCACAAACUCAUAGAGUUGAUUCGUUUCUAUGACCAGCAUACCACAGGGCCUCCUAGAGUUUGUCAGGUGUUGCUUCGGGAGAUAUCAGGAGAGACUGUAGCUGUUUAGCUGCCUUUUUCACAGCUCAUAUACUGUAUCAGAUCGCUUUAAAGAGGAUACAUCUUUAAAAAAUAUACAUAAACCCAUGAUGGGGUUUUAAAGAGCAUUGUUUUUUAGUUAUUUGUUUGGGUCUAAUUUUUUGCUACAGAAUUGUUUGAGGCAAAAAUGUUACAACCUAUAUCAUUUACAUUUACAUUUAAGUCAUUUAGCAGACGCUCUUAUCCAGAGCGACUUACAAAUUGGUGCAUACACAUAAAGUGCCUGUUCUCGUACUUUUUUAGUUAUUGCUCAGGUGGUCACAGACAGAGUUGAAUGGAUGUAUCCUCCCAAUUCUAAGCUAGAUAUUUUUAUUCCACUGAAUAAAUCAGUCAAAUGUGGACGCAACACACUGAAGCUAUGUUUGUAUCCCACCAACAUGUGAUUGAUUGUUUGUGUACAUUUUUAAGCCUAGAUGUAAUUUGGAAAGUCCUUUUUUGAAAUGUGCCUAAAAUGUGUAUAUAUUGUGGUGGCUUUGUCAGGACACCAAAAUACGUAUGUAUUACUGACUGUGUUAUAAAUGUCAACAUUUUAUAAUGUAACGAAGGACUCUUGAAAACUAAAACCCCAACUGUAUACACUAUGCAUUGUGUUGUUGGUAGCUAUCUAGGUAGCUACUGAAAUAAAAGCUGAAAAUCAA